UACCCCUUCGCCCCCAUUCCCAUGGCCCCCACCACUCCACCCAUCCAGCGCGUCACCAUCCGCCAAAUUCAUCCGGCGCGCCACCACCUCCUGCUCCCGCGGCGCCCAACCACCCCACCCCCGCGUACCACCUUCUUCCCCUUCCCGCUUGCGCCGCCGCAGCACCACCUCCAACCACCUCCCCUCCCCAGCCCAACUGCCCCUGCACUGGCCAGCCACCGGAUCGGCCUAUCGCCAUCCUCACACGCGUGGCCGGCGUCGGAUCCAUGCAUCGCCGCCCCUCCCAACCACAGGGUCGAGGGGCUGCUGGAUCCUCCCCGUGGUCGUCCUCCCGCGGCUUCCCGACGACGGAUGCGCCUAGCGGGCCCGAGUGAGCUCGGGGGUCACCGGCGACUCUCUCCUCCCCGUUCCUCCACCUCCUCCCCCCAUCCCGCUGCAUUGUACCUGGGCUUCUUCCUCUCCGACCACGGCCCAAAAUUCCCGACCCUCGCACUGCCCUGGGGUUCUCCUCUCUGUCCAUGGCCAGACGCAGGCCGGGGCGUCCUUGGCCACCACGCCACCCCUCCCUUACCUUCCCCCUCCAAGGCCAUGCGCCCCUUCCCCGCCAUCAACGGCGAGGUCAAGGGCCGAAGCUUGGGUUGGAGUUCAUCAGGCGUGACGCUGCAGUUCCUUUUUUCUUUUUUUAUAAAUCGUUUUUCCUGUAGAUGGGAAUGGGUCGUGGUCUCCUCGCCGAGUUGGUGGCCAUCGACGGCAGACUCUGGCGACCUGAUGCGUGCCACCGCGCUUCGGCCACUUCCAGCGGUGCCACUGGCCAUGCCCCUACUCCUCCUCAACCCCCUGAACCUCUGCCCUCCCCUUCACCAGCGCCUGCUCUGGCCGCCCACCGCUCCCCUGCAACCGAAGCAGUUCUUCCGAGCGACCCCCGAAGCUCUCUCCUCCCCCAUGUGCAGAUCACCGACAACACGCCCCUUCCUUGCCGCAUUUUAUUUGGGCAACGCCAGUAGACAUCGCCUGUUGUUGCAGUCCAUCCCACGACACCUUCAAAGCAGUGCAACAACGUGCGUUCCCAUGGCGUCCUUUAUGCAGUGCGGAUGGGCGAGGCUUGCAUUUUACUUGGUGUGGACAGAAGGUUCUCUAGCUGCGUGAUGAAGUUCGCCGGAGGAAAACAGGGUGUUGCCCCCCUAAUACACUUCGGCUGGGAGACCGUUGAUGUUGGUGAAGUCAUGUUUGUGUGUGUCGUGUGUAUAUACUUUCUUUUUCUCUGUUUUAAUGUGCAUGUUUGCUUUUGGAAACUUGUAUUAAACGUGUCUUUUCAUUUUUAUUUGCAUCAUUUAUACAGUGCACUUAUCUCCCCAA